AUGCCGCAGGUCUACCGUCGCCACUCUGAAUACAGCCCUCGUCCGUCCGUCGUCCCCCGCCGGCGGUCGACGAUGGCACCCCCACCCGCCGCGAGCUCGGACCCCCAGCCAACCGACGCCGACGACUCCAUCUUCCUCGCCGACCUCGUCCGCACCGGCGAGGCCUCCCGCCUCCGCCGCCGCGGCGCCAUGCGGCUCGACCACACCGGCCCCCGCCCCACCCCAGAGGGCCAGCUCCGGCCGCAGCCCCCCGCGCUCCUGCGCGAGCCGCGGGACCGGCGGGGGUCGUACGUCGUGCCCCCCUCCGCGCUCCGCCGCAGCCCGAGCCCGGAGCGCGUCGUCGAGGAGGACGGGCAAGACGAAUACACGUACAGUGCCGGACCCGUCUGGCGCGACUGGGACCGCGAGCCCGGGCCCCGGCCUCAGGGCACGGGGGUGGGCGUUCUUGGGCGCCCGGACGGGGUUGAGGUCCUCGGCGAGGGCACACAGGCGUUCGUCCUCCGCUGUGGAGGCGAGGAGGGUGAGGACCAGUGGGCGGAGGUGGAGGAGCCCCCAAAGCGGUUCAGGCCGGCGUUGUUCCCUCAAGGGGGCGCGCCCGCGGGCCCGUCAUCGAGCGCGAGCGCACCCCCGAGACGGCAGGCGCGGCGGACGAACGGGUGUGGGGCGGUGGUGCAUGUGCGGGCGUACCCACAGCACCCGCGCGGGGCGUGGAUGGCGAAGGAGGAGGCGACGGAUGCUGUAGUCGCGCUCGACCCCGCGUACUGCGACCACCCGGCGAUGGACAAGUUGCUGAGGAGCGCAUGUGGGUGUAUACGGGAGGGCAUCGGCUGUGCGGGCUGCGGCAACACGCUCGGGACACGCUACGUGCCCUGCCAGGCUGCGUCCGAAAGCAUCUUCUAUCCCCACCCCAGCACCUCGACCGCCCCUCUGCCCACAAGACCAGUGCGCCCCUUCGGGCCGAGUUAUUGGUACCCGCGUCCGGCCCCGCACCCGCAACGCCGCACCGCUUCGUCCGCGCACUCCUCGCGAGGAUCGCCCACCUCAUAUUACACCUUCUUUGCCGACCGCGUCACCUCAAGCCCUUCCUCGGACUGCCCAUGUAUCCCACAUGCCCGCACGCACUCCCACCCUCAAUCACAAGCGACCGCGCCGCUGCCGCCGACGCUAGCAGAGCCUCCCCGCGGCAACAGCCCUGACGUCGACUACGGCUACCGCUGGACCGCCUCCCCUGGGUCCAUGGCCACGCCUCUGCCGCCCCCGAGCGCCGCGGAGGCCGUACAGGCAACUUCAACCCCGGCGCCCCCGCUGUCCCCGGUGUUCGCGCUCCCGCCACUCCCCAGCGCGAACCGGAGCCGGAGCCAGCUGCGGCCAAUGUCGCGUGAGCCACGACUGUUGCGGCUGUCGAUGGAGGUCCAGACGCCGUUCGGGACAACCAUGGACGGCGGGCUCGACCUCGACCGCGACGGGAUGCCGGUAGAGGAGCCAAGCUCGCCUGACAAGGAGAGCAUGUCGUGGCCUGGUCGGUAG